GGGAUUUACUUGGUUGUUGAACACGGAAUCUGAAAAUCCUUCGAAUAAUUUCCCUAUGAUUGAAGCAAUUAUUUCUUCCAAGGAGUUUUUGGAAGCCACAGAUAAAGUCCAUAUCUUCAAAGAAAAAUGUGCCAUGGAUGAUAACUCAAUACUUGACAUUGCUGCUGCCACUACUGGUCAAGCUUCAAAUGAAAGGUGGUAUCUUGCCAGAAAAAUUUCGUUUGACUGCAAGUAGUUUUGGAUUGAUAAUUUCUGCAUGCGUAAAAAAGAGGUUCCCAGAUAGUUUGUUCAAAACGCUUUUAGGUGAAUAUAAUCUGGAUGGCAUUAAAGCAAUCCAAUGGGGCAGAACUCAUGAAAAAGAUGCAUUAGAUUAUUUGAAACACCAUUAUAAUUUAAAUAUUCAAUCAACAGGAGUAUGGCUUACAAAUUCAGGACUCCUUGGAGCUAGUCCUGAUGGUUUAAUUGAUGAAGAAGAUGCCAUUGUGGAAGUGAAAUGUCCAUAUUCCUUUAGAAAUGAUAAUUUAACAGAAAAAUUAUGUAACCUAACAAAUUACAUUAUUUAUUAUGAUGAAGGAAAUUUGUUACUAAAUAAAAGUCACAAUUAUUAUCAUCAAAUUCAAGGUUUUCUACAUGUUUUAAAAAAGAAAAAAUGUUACCUCUGUAUUUGGACAUUAAAUGGCGCAACUGUUGCAAAUGUAGAUUAUGAUGAGUUAUGGAAGGAAAAUAUUUUUCUUUUAGAAAAUUUCUACAUAGAACAUUAUUCACCAAAAUUGUUAGGAAAUUAA